AUGGCGGGGAAUAGUGCGGAUCUCGUGGGGAAAGUUCUCCAGGGAACUUGUGGUUGGUCGGAUUCGUCGAUUGUGAAGUGCGGAAGGUUUUAUCCAGCUUCAGUUAAGACAACAGAAGACCGUUUACUGCAUUAUUCUAGAUUUUUCCCUUGUGUUGAAUGCGACACGAGUAAUUAUGCGAUUCCUAGUCCAAUGAGAGUGGAAAAAUGGCUUAAGUGCGUUCCGACGGGUUUCAAGUUCCACUUCAAAGCAUUUGGAUUAUUUACAAGGAAGUCAAUCUCUAUGUCAGCACUACCACAUGUUGUCAGAGAUGAGCUUCCACAGAAUGUCAUUAGAGGACAAAUGUCAAUCACCUGGGAGGAAUUAAGUGUACUGCAAAAACAGAAGCUCUGGGACAGAUUCAACUCUGCUAUUCUACCUGCUUAUCAGAAAAACAAAUUGGGAGUUGUCAUUUUCCAGUUUCACUUAGGUUUUCAUCCUACCAAUGAAAAUAAGGAGCACAUUAUGGAGUGUAGAAAAUUUCUGGGUGUGAAUUAUCCUAUGGCUGUAGAGUUUCGCUCAAGAGUUUGGUUUACAACUGAGAAUUUACAUGCAACCCUGGACUGGUUGAAACAGCACAAUAUUGGUCUGGUGGUUGCUGAUGAACUGCAAAGUGAGCUCUAUGUUGAAAAGAACAAAUCAGCAGAAGGACAAGGGAAGGAGUCAGGUUGUGGAGGAGUGGUACCGAUUAUCAUGGCGCUUGGGUCAUGUGACUUUGCUUAUGUCCGCGUGCAUCGCAGAGUUGGGAAACAACGGGUCUUAAGUGAAGAGGAGAUCAAGAGUUGGGGAAAGCGCUUACGCUCGCCUGAAUUGCAGAAUUCAAUACAAGGACCAAUUUAUUUUAUGUGGGGAACAGAUCAUGAAGAUCAGCCAAUCAUUAACUCAAAGAACUUGACAAAGGAAAUAGGAAACAUGGCGUACGAUUGGAAAAGCAAGAUCUCCAACACUGGCAUGUUACGGUUCUGCUCAAAUGUUCCCACAACACCAGACAAACAAAAGAAUGAAAGUUCCGUUUUAAAAAAAUCGCUUGUCAUUCAAAAGGACUCACUUGAUACGGUGGCUUCUGGAAAAGAUGAUGACGUUAAGGUAUCUGAAACCAUCAUAUCUGCUACAACAGAGUCCGAAGGGUCUGAAAGCAAACGUCCCAUGCCACCCCUCGAAGAGUCUAAGUUGUGCUCGUCUGGUUUUGCCACCAAACGAACUUCAAGUCAAGCAGGUUUAUUAUCUCCCAGAGAAAAGCAUCCAUCACCAAGCUCGAAAAAUCAAAAGAAAUGUUCCACACCAAACAACCAGAGAAUGAUAUCUGAUUUCUUCAAGAAGUGACUUUAUUUUUCCACUUCUGAGAGACAGAGCAUUCGUUGUAGUUGUAUUGAUUCCCCUAGUACCUAUAGUCAGCCUGGAAAAAAUACUUUGUCAUCCGUCUCUCUCCACAAAAUAAUAUGGAUCUUUAAAAAUAUGAGUUUUACUCAUGUUUCCUAGAAUCAGAGUUAGUAUUCAUUGUAUAGUUUUUAAGUAAUUCUUUUAAGGGUCCAGGGAAGGAAUAACCAAACAUUUUAAAAUCUUUCUUAAAAAUUUCUCCUAUUCGAAAAAUAAGCUGGUGUGGAACUUGUGAAUAGAAUUUAAGGAAAUCAUCGUCAGCUCUCGACGAAUGAAUUGGCGGGAAAACCACGCGGUCGUCAAUUCCCGCCAGUUUUAGUAAAUAAGUGGCGUCGUCGUCUAACGUUUCAUAAUGGCCGAUGAAAUCAAAUUGAAUGACACAAGGGAAACAAAGAUUUCCGUAUUGUUUCCAGUGGUCAUCGCGGGAGAUGAAGGAAUCAGGAUAAGUUAAAAUGUACCUGAGAAAUUCAUUGAAAGUCACAUUGUUAGCUGUAGUGCUGAUUGUUUCAAUAUCUUGAGGUCUGAAUUCUUGGACUAUUAUUCGGCGAAAACCAUUUGUGUAGAUUCGAUUACUCCCCCAGAAUUUGUCUUUGUAGGCGGAUAGUAAACGGUGAAACGGCUCACGUACAAAAAGGAACUUAAAAUGUGUCAUUAGACGUUUUGAGUUUUCCGUUAUGUUGAAUUGACUCAUGUGUUGCCACAAACUCGGCGUAUGCACGGAAAAUUUCUCAAUUUUAUCGCUGUCAUUUCGCAAACUCAACAAAAUUCCCUUAAUUGUUGUGCUGGCAACCUUAGGAACAGAGCAAAAGAUAUAAUUUUCGUCAUCGUCGACAAGAAGUUGCCCAAGCUGCUGUUUAUCAGGUAGUUCUGGAUUUUCAGAAUGUGUCCUGCAAUAAUGUGUCAGGUGUCUUUUUCUUGCUGCUUGUGUUUUGGCGGCUCUCGUAAAAGCAUCGUUAACCGCCAAGGUUGUGUUUGACUGUAAGAGUAAAAACGGUAGUCACAUGUGGCAGAGAGCACACGAAAAGUGACAAUAGUUUCAAAUGUUAAGAGUGCUCAAAACUAUGUAGACUACUUAUUUUUGUUCCGAUGUUUAAUAGGCACAUUCUGGGGGUUACAGUGAAACCAGUGUGUAGCUGACCCUACAUUUAGCGGAAGUCCUGAUAAUACGGAGUUUAAGAAACGACCGACGGCGACGCCGUGGACAACUUCGGUUAAAAAAAUGACGAAUCUCGAUACUCUUCCCACUGUCUAAGCUAAAUAUGGAACACAGCGUUAGAAAAUUAAGAAAAUUAGCUGUUGUCGUUCACGUUCGUAAAUUUUGGUCAUUUCAUAAAAGGACGCAAAGAAAUUUACGAAGAUUUACAAUGCAAGUGCAGGGCCAUUGUUCUGCUCAUUAAACCUUUUGUUUACUACGUGACGUUCUCGUUGCCAUUGCCUUCGUGGUUUUCUUAAAGUCCCUAUUGUCCUCCUCUAUACUUGCAUUCAGCGGACCCCUGUCUUACAGGAUGGCCCCGCGUUGCAAGACAGUAAAUUUUGAAUAAAGGUUGAGUGAAGAGGGCACAGACCCUAAAAUUGAGCCCAUUUGAUACCAAAAACCCUAACUAGCUGUGAACGUUGUCAUAAAGGGAAAAGUAAUUUUAAAAAGCUUGCUAACUUUGCGAAACGUACCAGAAUCAGAGGUUAACCGACACCCUGUAUGCUGAAGUAAAUAACACGACAUGGGCUUCUGUACGA